CAAUCUUGGCGGCAACACCAUCAAUGAGGUAGCUCUGGACUUCUGGCGAGCUGGCCGGGCACGGGAGGAGAUCUCCAUGGAGUACCUGGAGCAGCGGCUGCGACUGGAGCUGCUGGAGCCUGCAGAGCACGGUUACGCGCACAGCCGCCUCCUCCAAGAGAACCUCAUAGAUUUCUUCGUGCCCUUCCUGCCCCUGGAGUACCACCACGUGAAGCUCUGCGUGCGGGAUGCUUUCCUGGCCCGUGGACUCCCAUACACCGAGGCAGCCCUCGAUGAGGUGGCCAGGAUGAUGGUGUUUGUCCCCAAAGAGGAGAAGCUUUUCUCCGCACAGGGCUGUAAAUCUGUAUCCCAGCGCAUCAAUUACUUCCUUCCUUGA